UGUGUACUGAGAAUCCACUGUUUACAGAGAACUUUCAAACAUGUGCUGAGGUUAGAAGAAGCUAUAAAAAGCCAAAAGUCCCCAGCUGUCCAUUUGCAAACAAACCAGCAUUUCAGAAGAGAAAGCGUUUGUCUCAGAGUGGAAUAUUAUUGGAUGUUGAAAUCAGGGUCAGAGGCGUCCUCCUGGUGUCGCGAGCUCACUGACUCUUGUUGGCUCUUGUGUCGCAGAUGGCCUUGCGUUGGUUUUACUUACAGGUUCAGAGUUUUUACCUUCAACAUGAGUAAUGUUCACAGUGAGUUGACUCCGAGGCAGAGGGAGUUAUUGAAAAUUCGCCGGGACAGCGACACUAAGACUGCUGAACUGGUCAAGAUGGAGAAGAUGCUGCAGCAGACCAAGGACCUGCUGGACAGGAAGACAGAAUCCUGCUCAGACAGCAUGGACUUACAGGAGAACAUGGUGGAGGAUCUGGAGGAGAAGGUGCGCUCCAGCCGGCGCCACAGGAGGAGCUCGCUGCACCACACACAGCUGCUAGAGAGCCAGAUGAAAACAGUGAAGGGCGAGCUGGUGGGCACGCUGGACCACCUGCAAGAGCUGAGGAACGUCCUGCGGCGCUCCCAGCAGAAAGCAGAGGAACGCAAGGCAGCCAUGGAGAAGCUGGCGGCGGGGCUCAGGUGAAGCACCAGGCUCUGACCACUUCAAGCUUCAAUACCCCAACUGAUCGGACCCCCAGGGAACCCACUGAGACCGCACCCAUGCACUGGUUAAAAGAAGAAAGAAACUUGAGCUGAUGUGUUGGUCUUCACUCUCUCCUCCGUCACUGCAGUGUUUGGCAUCCAAAGACUAAAUUCAAAAAGGCUUUGACAGUGUUUUAACACAAUAAUGCUUUUAAAAGAAGUAGAAGGAGUUCCUUCUUCCUUUUUUCCCCCCUUCUUAAUCUAAAGCUUUUUUUGACAUACGUUGUCAGCUGUGGCGACUGGUGGAAAUUAUUUUAGGUGGGGGAAUUGUAAUGGUGAAUAAACCACACGGGGAACAUUUUGAGAAAUGACCCCUUUUAUGACUUCUGGUGAUGUUAGAGAUAUGAGAAGACUGACCAAUACCUCCAUAAUCUUCAGUGUGGUUAGCUAUGAAUCUUCCAAAACUUCCAAACACCUUG